AUGGAGAAGAUUGUUCGACCUGACACAUCUCAUAUGGUAAUGGCACUGAAAGAAAUAUUUGGGACAGACGUUAUAAGUUUAAAACCACGAAUUUUAAAAGAUGGUGUACCUUUAUACGAAGUGCAGUUGGGAAAUAAAAUACAACUGACGAUUCCUGAAUCCUGUCACAAUUCAGGUAUAUGCGAAGACAUUCAAGAUUUUCCGGAAGAAGUAAUAAAUGAAAUAAUAAAUAAAAUGGUAGCCGAUAAGAUAUAUUUCAAUUACGACCAGGAAAGCACGGAAUCGCUUGAUGGACUCAGGGACACAGUAGAACUUUGUGACUCUAGACGAGUGCAUCUUCGGCCCAAAGCAGUGAGAGAUACCGAUGAUCACUGGUAUCUGGUACUUAAUUCUAAUCAUACAACUGUACAGAGAUUUAAAGGAGAACAAUGUCUAGGCGGUUUAAAUGCGGACUGUUCGAAGCUAGCUAAUUUCCAAAAAGGCUUCAAAGGACAAUGUAUUCAGAAAUAUAUGAAAAGGAAUAUGAUGGUGCUUAGUAAAGACUUCAAAAAAGUUUUGAUCAAAGAGUUUCCAGUGCCAAGCUGUUGCUCUUGUGCAGCUGUCAGGGUUCAAUAA